AUGGCGGAGAAAUAUCUCAUCCGCGUGACAGCCGGGCCGUCCUACGACAUAAACUCCCACGUCCAGGUGCCCGUCAACGACCCAACCCCGGUGCAUGUGGCGAGCGACCUGUUUGAGGCGGACCUCAACGUGCGGGUGCACAACUACCGGGGCCUACCGCGCGAUGCGCCCAAGACGUCUCCCUACUUUCAGACGGAGCUGCAUCGGCACAACGGCGACCAGUACAGCAUUGCACUGCGGUUUCGGUUGAAACGCCCCCCGCGUUCGCACGAAGAGGCUGGUUCUGCCUCGCGUUUGCAGGACGGCGUCCCGGCUACGGAUCUUCAGUUCGGCAACGACUUUGACCACCCCAUACGCGACCGCCUCCCACCCGGCUUCAAUACAGCGCUGAAUAUCGUCAAGUGGUGGAUCGAUCCCGGUCUGGAUGGAGACGCCUACGCUGACGUGCCACAUCUGUACGGCCCCGCCCUCAGUUCGUUUAAUACGGUCCAUGUCGGGGAAGGCGAGCACGACCCGGAAAAGGGGGGUUUGUGGUUUGAGGAGGGCGGUGAUGAUGAUGGGAUGAAGUGGAGGAGCGAGGUUGGAGCGCCAGAUGAUGCCAAAGCCAGGAUGAAAUGGGCGCUGAAGCAGGAUAGUAAGGAGAGAUGGAUCUGGGAAUACAACAGGACGUACGGGGUGGACUUUUUUAAUCCAUACAUCGACUUUGACGCUUUUGCGCUGAAACUGCCUGGCUUUAAUCUCCCAAUCAUCAAGUACUGGGAUGGGCAAGGGUUAAGAUAUGUCCUCCGCAACCGCGUCACUGGGCAAGUCUACCUUGUCGUGCUAUUCACGCUGCACCUAGCCGAAGACAUCAACCAAGACGGCACGCUCAAGCCUGCGGCAUUGCAAGCGCUCGCUCACACGUCUGGAGGACUCGGGAAGGGUAAGCCGAUACUUGAGGGGGGACCAGAAAGAGAUGAGGAUGGAGCGUCCGAGGACGACGCAAUAGACGAGGCGAGGCAAAAGUUGUCGGAUGUCGAUCUGCAAGGGAAGACGCCGACCAACGAUGAUGAUGUCGACUGA